GCCAGAUGUUUCCAUUCAGCGGGGAGGCUGAGUUCCCUCCUUCCCCGCCCUGCAGCGGAACCACAACUCCCGGCAACGGGGACUACCCGGACUCCCGGAAGUCCAAGCCCUGCUGGGAGGAAGCAGCUGAGACCCCGCUAACAGACUGGGGGGUGAUUUCGCCAGGAAAAGGGGGCGGGAAGGGCUGGUGGGAUUCCUGUCAAUUCACCACCAUGAACGUGGUUUUUGCUGUGAAGCAGUACAUUUCCAAAAUGAUAGAGGACAGCGGGCCCGGCAUGAAAGUCCUUCUCAUGGAUAAAGAGACGACUGGUAUAGUGAGUAUGGUAUACACACAAUCCGAGAUUCUUCAGAAGGAGGUGUACCUGUUUGAACGCAUUGAUUCUCAAAAUCGAGAGAUCAUGAAACAUCUAAAGGCAAUUUGUUUCCUUCGACCUACAAAGGAGAAUGUGGAUUAUUUGAUUCAGGAACUCCGAAGACCCAAAUACAGUAUAUAUUUUAUUUAUUUCAGUAAUGUGAUCAGCAAGAGUGAUGUGAAGUCAUUGGCUGAAGCUGAUGAACAGGAAGUUGUGGCUGAGGUUCAGGAAUUUUAUGGUGAUUACAUUGCUGUGAAUCCACAUUUGUUUUCCCUCAAUAUUUUGGGUUGCUGCCAGGGUCGAAAUUGGGAUCCAGCCCAGCUAUCUAGAACAACUCAAGGACUCACAGCUCUCCUUUUAUCUCUGAAGAAGUGUCCUAUGAUUCGUUAUCAGCUUUCAUCAGAGGCAGCAAAGAGACUUGCAGAAUGCGUUAAGCAAGUGAUAACUAAAGAGUAUGAACUCUUUGAAUUCCGGCGAACAGAGGUUCCUCCAUUGCUGCUUAUUUUAGAUCGCUGUGAUGAUGCCAUCACUCCAUUGCUAAACCAGUGGACAUAUCAGGCCAUGGUCCAUGAACUACUAGGCAUAAACAACAAUCGAAUUGAUCUUUCCAGAGUGCCGGGAAUCAGUAAAGACCUAAGAGAGGUGGUCCUGUCUGCUGAAAAUGAUGAAUUCUAUGCUAACAAUAUGUACCUGAACUUUGCUGAGAUUGGUAGCAAUAUAAAGAAUCUCAUGGAAGACUUUCAGAAGAAGAAACCAAAAGAACAGCAAAAACUGGAAUCAAUAGCAGAUAUGAAGGCUUUUGUUGAGAAUUAUCCACAGUUUAAGAAGAUGUCUGGGACUGUAUCAAAGCAUGUGACAGUGGUUGGAGAACUGUCUCGAUUGGUCAGUGAGCGGAAUCUGCUGGAGGUUUCAGAGGUUGAGCAAGAACUGGCCUGUCAAAAUGACCAUUCUAGUGCUCUCCAGAAUGUCAAGAGGCUUCUACAGAAUGCCAAAGUGACAGAGUUUGAUGCUGCCCGCCUAGUAAUGCUUUAUGCUUUACAUUACGAACGCCACAGCAGCAACAGCUUGCCAGGACUCAUGGUGGACCUCAGGAAUAAAGGCGUUUCUGAGAAGUAUCGGAAGCUUGUGUCUGCAGUUGUUGAAUAUGGUGGUAAACGAGUCAGAGGAAGUGACCUCUUCAGCCCCAAAGAUGCUGUGGCCAUCACCAAACAGUUCCUUAAAGGACUGAAGGGAGUAGAAAACGUGUAUACACAGCAUCAACCUUUCCUCCAUGAGACCCUGGAUCAUCUCAUCAAAGGAAAGCUUAAGGAAAACCUGUAUCCUUAUCUAGGUCCCAGCACACUCAGAGACAGACCUCAGGAUAUCAUUGUGUUUGUAAUUGGAGGAGCCACCUAUGAAGAGGCUCUAACGGUUUAUAACCUGAAUCGUACCACUCCUGGAGUGAGGAUUGUCCUGGGAGGCACCACAGUUCACAACACCAAAAGUUUCCUAGAGGAAGUUCUGGCUUCUGGACUGCACAGCCGAAGCAAGGAAAGCUCUCAGGCCACAUCAAGGUCAGCAAGCCGAAGAUGAAGCGGUGACGGAGACAGGGAGGAUGGCACAGCUUUCCCCACUAAGCGGUGGCGGAGAGGGACUUUGGGUCUGUGCUUGUUGUCAUAACUCAUCUCCAGGUGGCCCGCUGAUUCCUGAACUGCUGGCACAGACACCAAGAUGUCCACUGAUGCACUAAAAAUAAGUUUGAGCCCACCCCAACCCACUUUUCUUGUGGUUUCUGUAUUGAAUAAGCAGAUGUAUUCUGUGUGUAUUUGAUAGCACAAUCAGUUUUCAGUUUCUCAUGAGUAUUGUUGGGAUCUUAUCUGGGGAACUGUUUAUCAGAGCCUUGAGGGGUUUUCAAAGUGACCAUAUGAUGCACAGGCCAUGUAUCAACACUCCUGAUUUCCUUUCUCUUCCCUCGACCUUUUUACUUUUCAUUAACUACAUUCCUGGACUCUCACUUAAGAGUUUCAUUUCUGAAACAUACCAUGUUUCCUUAGAGAGCCAUCCAAACGUUGUUCCUACACUGCGAUUUUCUGUGGCACUGAGAAACCAUGUAUGACUACAAUAAAAAUCCAUUUUGUGAGAAGGGA